AUGCGACAAAUCGACAACCUCCCACGUAGCACAAGUCGUGGCAUUGCCGCCGUUAGCACUCCAUUAACAUUGCAAGCACUAGACACAAUAAAAACCAAGACGGCGGCAAUGGAAAUGCAACAAAAACAAAGAGAACAGCAACACGACGCCGCUGAUCAAACGAAACGAAAUGAUGUGCAUUAUUUGUUGAAACAGUUAAAUAGUUUUAGUGAUAUAGAAGAAAUAGAAAUUGUUGAUAUGAAGCAAAGAGAGCAGCAACAGCGACAGCAGCAGCAACAAAAGCAGCCGCAGCAGCAGCAGCAGCGGCAACAACGCACAACCAAAGCCGCUGCAGCCAGCUCCUUGGAGCUGAUGCCCAUGUCCUCAUCCAUGCUGCCCAUACCGGGUUCUCCGUCGACUCAGUCGCACAAGGGCAACUUUAUGGUGGGCAACGGCGAGGGCAGCGAUGCGGCUGUUGCACGUCUGCAGUUCGAUGAUUAUUUAUUUGAAUCCUGCCAUUACCUGGAGACAAACUACUUUGCCGCUACCUAUCGCACUGCCAUGGUCGAGAGUUGCUCCCACGAGUUUCGCCCCUCGACCACAACGCCAACGAGCACACGAUCCGAUUGCUUUGAGCUCCACGAACUGGAGCCACCAAGUGUCAUUUGCAAGGCAGCUCCACCACCGCUGAUGGCAUCUCCAUCACCGCCGCCGUAUCAAGCGGAGGUGCGCAUGACCACCAGCGGUGUGCAGACCGAACUGACGGUCGAUUCGUUGGCGCAGCUCAGUCACAAUGGCAGCUCGGGCAGUUCGGGUUCAGGUGGCAGCGGCAGUAGCAUGCCACGUGUGCCGCCCUUUUUCAUAUGCUGUUACACGCCCAUUGAUCGAUGGCGUGCCAGGCGACUAGGCGCGGCACAGCGUGCCGCCGCCAAACAUGCUGGCAACCCAGAGAAGAAUGGACAUGCUGUCUGACAGCCGACAAAUAAAACUGACAGCCAGCCAAGGCAAAGACUCACAUCAUCUGACAGUCUCACCGAGAGAAAGAAAGAGAGAGUAGAGUGCUGUGUGCUAUUUCAUUUGCGAUAUCAACAAGAGAUUCCAUUUCGAAGACAGUCGUUUAAUAUAAUUACUUACAAUCACACACAAACGUACACGAAUCAUCCAGAACACUUGCGAGAUGCGCAACGAGUGCACUUUCUUAACGAAUGAUAAAAAGAUACAGACAGAUGAUGUUAUAAAAAAAGGAAAAGGUGAAUACAGUACUCCAAUUAACUGUAUCCGUGAGUUCUCCGUUUAUUAAAAACACUCGUUGCGGUUCGUGCAAAUAUAUUUCCGUUUCAGAACUAAAUUUACAGAAACUACACAAAAGUAACAAAGUUAGCAGACAAUAUUUACCAUUCUUCAAAGAAUUCUAUAAUCAAUUCUCUUGGCUAGUUUGAUUUUAUGCCUUGCAUGAAUAAUAACUGCCAAGUUUGAAAGCUCUACUUCUUAUAUUUGCUGAGAUGAACGUGUUUAAACAGACGGACGGACAGACAGACAGAUCAUACAUUUUUUUUGUAGCUUUGUUCCCCCAUUUUCAGAGGGCACAGGGUAGAAAUAGAAUGAAUGGAAAAUACAAUAAACAAUUUGAUAGACUAAAAUCGCAAAUCAUUUCGAAAGUGUUGUAUAAAUAAUGAAAUGCAAAAAUUUAAACGAUAUGUAAUAAUAAUAAUAAUAAUAAUUAAAUUGUAAUUGUUUCAAUAAACUAAAAUACCAAUAAUAUGAAAUGCUAAAUAUUGUUAACGAAAAAGCGCAAACCAAAAGCAAAAACUAAAUUGUAGCCAGCAGCAGAGCAAAGUUUGCGAAUUAAAAAAAAAACAUGAGACAGUGAGAGCUUGUAUAGUAAGUUGUUAAAACAAAUAAUUGCAAAAAACCAAAACGCAUAAUUAAUAAUACUAAUUUGUUAACUGAACCGAAGAAGCGUAGACGCCAAAUCCAAUUUGAUAAUGUCAAUUUUUUUAUGUAUCAUUUCUUGUGUCCGUAUCGUCUGUAAAAUAAUCCUCCAAAAAUAUCAUAGAAGAAUUCAUUAUGAUUUCUAUUGAAACCAACACACACACAUGGCAAUUGUUACAUCAAUUAACACACUAUAUAGCAUAACAAUCUUAUUUUCUUUGUUAUACAAAAUAUGGAAUUGUUAGAAUUAAAUUUUCAGUUGUCCCUUUGUUUAAAUUAGUUACUUUGUGAAGUUACACCCCAGAAGCAAUAUUAGUUUUAUAUUAAACUUGUAAAACAUGUAGAACUUGUCAAUUUUGUUCGUAAUGCAAGUAAACUAUAUUCCAUGAAUUAACAUAAACAAAAAUAUAUAACAUAUAAAUACAUAAACAUAAUAUCACUAAGCUUAAUGAUGAAAUCGACACGCGCUUCAGUUGAACCGAUUUGAAACACAAUAAAAACUAAAUUGAUUUAAUUGAUGAGUUUUAUUGAGUUAAAUGAAAUACGAAAUACAGCCUUACAUUUUAAUUGGGCAUAUCAAAACUAUGCUAUCACAAACAUUAUUGGAAAGCUAGCAAAUAGUGAAAGUAAUUUCAGGUUUUUCAGCUCAGUUCUUCCAAAAAAAACAACACACAAAAACCAACUUUAAUAAUUAAUAAAUGAUACGAGCAAAUGAUAAACAUAAUAUGAUAAAUAAAAACACACUCAAAAGAAACCAAACAAAUGCCUUUUACAUGCCCACUCGUACACUAAUGGUAAAUAAAAAAUAUAAAUACAAAACGAAAUGAAAUAAAACAUCAAAUAAAAAUAAAAAACAACAUACUCUAAGCUAAGCAUUAAAUAAAACAACAUGUUAAUCGAGCAUAAUAAUCGAUUGGGAGGGGAAGACGUUCAGUUAAAUUUCAUAUAAAUUAAUGUGCAAUAUUAUUAACAACAUGUUGACUGUUGAACGAAUGAAUGAAUGGCAUAACUUGUUGAAACAAACAAUUGUUAAUUGUGGCUAGAAGUUAGCAAUUAAAUAAUAUCUAUUGUUGUAUGUUUUAUUCUGAUGCGCACGAAAUAUAAUAUAACUAAUAAUAAUAACUACAAUAAUAAAUAAACUAAUUCAUACAAAAUACAAAUUACAUGCAAUGAAAAAAUGUAGCUAAUGGUAAAAUUUUUGUAAACUUUUUGAUAUGUGAUGAUGAUUUGAAUAAAUUAAAACCACAAAAAACCAAAAAAUUAAUAUGAGAAUAAUAAAAAAUUGCAUAACUUAGCCAUAGAUAUUUAAACUAAUACCAAAAGAAGAAAAUCAUAAAAAUGAAAAUAAAAAAAUAACGUAGCGCAACGCAAAUUUAGAGCAUAAUUAAUAUGAACAAAAAUGCUAGUUAAAGUAUGUUAAGGGAAAUGGAGAAAAGAAAAACUUGUUAUACAAUAAGUGUAGUCUCGGCAAGCCGAUGCACAUCGCUGGCCCCUCCCCUCUCCUGUUCCGGAUCGGGUAUUAAAACAGAUCUUUUGAUUUGUAUUGAACGAUUGUUCUGUAAUUAAUCGAAAGUGUUUCGUUUUCUUUUUUUUUUUUCGUUUUUAAUUAAAGUUUCAAAUUGUGCAGGAUAUUGAGGAGGGGCUUUAUCUAGCAAUAUUCAUGGCAAUUCAAUUGUAUUAACGACAUUGAUAAAUCUGAAAGUGUAAGCAAAUAAUUUAGCGAGCAUUUUGUAGGAAAGUGUAGUUAAAAACUAUAUAUAUAUAGACGUAUAUAUAUAUAUAAUAAUUAUUAUCAAAUUGAAUAGUAAAUUUAUGUGCAUAAGUAGCGAAAUAUUCAAUUGUAAAUAUAUUUUUAAUGUACACGAUAUGUUUUUCGGUUUUUCGACCAAAACUAACAAUUGUUAACGAAGUUAAUUUCCACUAUUGCAAUAUUAGAUUCAUUAUCAUUUGGUCUCUAACAACAAAUUGUUGUAUAACAAAUUGACACACCCCAUCACCAUGAUUCACACAUACACACACACACACACAUUUACACACGAAAAAGCUUUAAAUAAUUUAAUUACAAAAUACAUUAUAAAUAUGAACAGUAAUAAUUUUGAUAUCAUUAUCAUUGAUAAAUUCCAUUGUAGAUACGUACUUGUAUUGAGACAAAUUAAUAAAUUAAUUAAUUAACUAGCCAGCUAAGUCAAUGUCGCCUAAUGUGAGUUCUAUAAGCAUAUAAUAUUACAAUAAUUAACAACACUCAUACACAUUCACACAUUAAAACUACAACCAAAAAAAAAAACGCAACUACUUUUCAAAUAAAAGCAAAAACAAAACCUAAAAAAAAAUUAUAAAAAUAAAAUACAUACAUAUAUGCAAAAACUGAAACAGGCCAGAAAAACCACGAAAACACUCGACGACACUCAACAUCCACAACAAGAAAAACAACUGACAAAACACAAAGCUUUUAUAAAACUAUUUGAAUAUAUAUUAAAAAGAAAAACAAAAAAAAAAAAUAAUAAUCCUGCCAAGUAACAUUCGAAUACC